AUGGCGAGGGCGGGCCCGACUACUUUGCAUGAGAAUAGUAUGACAAAGCUAAGUACCACGCCAGAUGGAAAGAUAUUCGAUUCCGAACUAACUAAUAUUUUCUCCAUAAUGAUAAUUUGUUUGAAUUUGAAGGAAAGGGAAACGCAGAGAGGUACUUUCAGUUUCACAAAAACAUACCCCUACCUGUUUCAAGUCGCUAAUGCCUUGCUGGUUUUAAAAGUGUUGAAGUUCACAGUGGAGCAGAGCAAAACUGUCACGUCCAUGGAGUAUUCUAUAAACCCAGAAUUAGGUUUUGCUCUUUUAAAGAAAUUCUACCUGGGGCAUUUUCUCCACGCUCCGGCUGACAGAACUAGAUCCGAGCCAAAUCAUUCAGUUGCACUUCAACCUACACCAAAGGGAACAUGUAUACUACAGAAUUUUGCUGAAAGAGUUGGAAUGGAUGUGAAAAAUUACCCUCCAAUUCUAUUUUCGAAUUUCAAUUCGAUGUAUUUGUUGAAGUUUGACAGAGAUCCGACUAGUGAUAAGAUCCUAUACUCUAAAUAUUUGAUCAAUUUCAUUUUCAUAACUAUGAUGGGAGAUCUGCCCCGUGUUUGGUCUCCUCUGGCGAAAGCAGAGUCAAUCCCCCCUAUCAAAAGGAAAUUGAAGUUAGGUAUGUGGCAGGAUGGAGAACUGAGUGAUGAGGAUUCCAAUUUAAAUUCAAUCUCUAGCACCAACUCAAACAUAUACAUUACAAACCUUAAGAACCAUUAUAAGAUUUCAGACUCAAACCAAGAAAUAGGAUUGCCAGACUUUCGAAACGCUUCAACAUCAAGUAUCCCCACCACUACUAUUAUUGACAGUGAGCUGGUCGCUAAGUUUCCAUUUCACCACAAGUAUUUCACAAAUCCCGAAUCAGAUUCCCAUGUACAAUACUAUAUUUCAUCUUCAGGUGUUAGGGUCUUUGAGAAUAAACAGUACUACUUCGAGAAAGGAGGAGGUCAUGUAAAUAUUCCGUACAGCUUCACCGGAAAAGCUAUACUUCAAUGGUUGUGUGACUGUACAGAGAUUUACAACCCUAACCAAGGAAUUGGAAUUGCAAACUUGCUUUUGAAGUUGCAAUUAGUCGAGCCAAUUAUAUCGAAAGGCUCCAAAUCAAAUUGUGACAGCUUUGUGCCCGCAAGAAAUGCAUAUUAUAAGUUGAGUAAACUUGGAGAAACUAUUUGCCAUUGGAACAAACCUGAAGACGACAAGAGGAGACCAAAGGAGUAUGAAAUAAACUCUGAGUUUAAUGGCAUUGGUACCGGCAAUUUGGGCGACUCUCAGGCUUCCAAAGUCUCUGUUAACUUAGCUACCACUUUAAAGGACCCUGGGUUAAGAUUACUAUUCAAAGAGCAUUUAGAAUCAGAGUUCUGUGUUGAAAACUUGCAAGUAUAUCAACUCUUGAAGGAGUUUCAUUCGCAGGUGAAAACUUGUAGAAUCAUUUACUUGAAAUCAAAGGAAUCUGAUAAUUCGCUGAUAUUAUCAAUGUUGAAUAAGAAGUUGAAUGAUUUGGAAACAAUGGCAUGCCAAGUAUAUGUUAAUUUUUUAGCAGAGGAUGCUCCUCAUGUCAUCAACAUUGACUUUGAGUUGCGCAAACAAGCGAUUGAAGUGAUGGAUAAAAUUGAAGAUACGGAAGAUGAUGAAACCGCGAUAGAGAGAAGGUUUCACACUUUGGAGAAGAAAAGUAAAGUCUUCUUUGGUGUAAGCAAAAGCAUAUACGCCUUGUUAGAGGAUGACUCGCUUCCGAAGUUUCUAGAGAGUAAGAUUUUCAAUGACGCUAUGGCAACAUUGGAUGCUCUCUCCAUAUAA